CAUACAUAAUUAAAAGUAAAAUAUGAAAUAUUUAUGAAAUGAUAACCUAACAAUAUGGAUAAUUCUAAGGAUUUGCUUACUAAAGUAGCUCUUGUAGAGCGUAAUAUUAAACCACAAGGUAUUCUGCUAAAUGAUCCAGAAUCAGUAGCUAAAACAUGUCAAGAAGACUUAAUUACAUUGGCAACAGAAAUUGAAAAAGCAGACAAUUUUAUCAAAGCAAAUGCCUGUAGCAAAUUGCAAAUAAUUGUUGAGCAAAUAAAAGCUCUAAAGAAACAGGCUGAAAAUAUCCUCACAGAAGCAAAUUGGAAUAUGAAAUUACAUCAUGUUUCUUGUAAUUUUGUAAAACAUCCUGGACAUGUAUAUCAUUUGUAUCAAAGAGAAACUGGACAACUAUAUUUUUCAAUGAUUAGUCCAGAAGAAUGGGGUAAUUCUGGACCAAUUCAAAUUUAUAAAGGUUCCUACAGAUUAGAACACGAUCGUUCAUGGACAUCUUUAGAGGAAAUUGAUAAAAAAAAUAAAGAAAUAACUAUGUUAGCCAAUCUUUGGUCUAAUAUUUCAACACCUGCUUUUAAAAGUCUUGAUUUAAAUGUAAAUAUGUAAAAAUAAUAUAUAAUGUAUUCAAUUUAAAUAAAUUUGUUCAUUUCAAACAUAUAUAUUCAACUAAAAAUUUAAAUUAUAUUUUUUAUUUUUUUCGAAUUAAACAAUUUCGAAGGAAGAAAUUAUGUAUGAGUGAUCUAAAACACGAUUUCGUAUAAUUUAUCAAUUACACUUUUCAUAGUAAUUCAUAUGAUACUAUUAUUAUUA